AGUCAAAUCGCACUCAGAUUUGGCUUGAGAGACUGUGCAUUGGUUCGUCCGAUUCUUCGGUUCCGCUCAAGAAUUCGUUGCAGAAAUGUCGAUUUUUCACCACAAUCCGCUCUGCGUUACUCCGCCGCGGUCUCGGUAUUCGUCGCUUGGCGGAAAUCAAUUCAGAAAUUUGUUGCCGAGAUGCGCGACGAAGAAUGGAAAUUUUCAGGCAUCUGUCGAUGUCAAGGUUUCGAAUUUUCUGCCGUUCGCUUUGCCGAGUUCGAGCGGCGACGGAUUCUCUACGUCUUCUUUUAAUCAGUUGCUUGAGGCUUUGAUAAGCGGGAAAAAUUUAUCGGAAGCUGAAGCAGAGGCUUCUCUCGAUUUCUUGUUGGAUGGCGCUGACGAGGCUUUGAUCAGUGCUUUUUUGGUGCUUUUGAGAGCUAAAGGCGAAACUGAUGAAGAAGUUGCAGGGCUGGCAAGAGCAAUGCUACUGCACUGCAGGAAAGUCGAGGGAGUGACGGAUGCUGUCGAUAUUGUUGGGACAGGUGGGGAUGGUGCAAAUACAGUGAACAUCUCUACAGGGGCUUCAAUUCUAGCAGCAGCUUGUGGGGCAAAAGUUGCUAAGCAAGGUAAUCGUUCGAGUUCAUCUGCUUGUGGUAGUGCUGAUGUGCUUGAACAAUUGGGAGUUGAAAUUAACUUGGGACCAGAGGGGAUUGCAGAGUGCAUAAAUGAAGUAGGAAUCGGCUUUAUGAUGUCUCCAAUUUAUCAUCCAGCAAUGCAAAUUGUUAGGCCAGUCAGGAAAAAGCUUAAAAUAAAGACGGUGUUCAAUAUCUUGGGGCCCAUGCUGAAUCCGGCACGAGUUCAUUUUGCUGUUGUUGGAGUAUACCAUGAGGAGCUGGUGCAUAAAAUGGCAAGUGCUCUUCAAAGAUUCGGCAUGAAAAGAGCAUUGAUUGUCCAUUCCGAGGGAUUGGACGAGAUGAGUCCUCUUGGGCCUGGAUUAGUCCUGGAUGUCACUCCAGAUAAGAUAGAAAAGUUCGCAUUUGAUCCAUUGGACUUCGGGAUCCCUCGUUGCACUGUUGAGGAUUUGCGCGGUGGAGAUCCUUAUUACAAUGCGGAUGCACUUAGACGCGUACUGGCUGGGGAGAAGGGGUCGAUUGCUGAUUCCUUGGUUCUGAAUGCAGCUGCUGCCCUUUUGGUCAGCGGCCUCGUAGGCAAACUUGCCGAGGGAGUGAAUCUUGCCCGCAACAUUCAUCAAUCAGGCAAAGCUCUCAAGACACUUGAUUUGUGGAUCGAAAAAUCUAAUAAAGCAAAAUCGGCAGCUGCUAAGGAGGUGCCGGUUCUCCAGUCGUAGUUUCCGAUUCCAUCUUUCAGUUUUGACAGUUGCGCACCCCAGCCACAAUGCGAUCGUAUGAUCUACUUUUUGUUAAUGCAAGUUUUUCGGCUAUCUUUUCUCGAGUAGGUGUAAAUAGAUUGAGUCGAAUAUUUAUGGUAUUGCCUAUAGGAACAACAUGCCUGAGAUACUUUUGAUAAUAUUUGAUGGAACAUUUUGUUAGAAAAAAAAAAAGUGUAUUAUUUUCGUUUAUGUAAACUGUAGAAUCCAUAAUCUAAAUAAUAAAAUUUAGAAAAAUUUUGCAAAAGAAAUACAAAAAAUAUAGUAAUCUUUGUUUUUGUCAUGUUUUGGGCGAGAAACACAAAAAACCUUACCGCCGGCUGGAAUGCGAGAGCCUGCAGCCGCGUAUGGGCGACGUUGUGAAAGACAACGCAUUGCGUCAGCUGGUCCCAGCUGGCGCGGAGCUCCUCGUUCAUCAUCAUCUGGCUGACGACGCCGUGGGUCUGUCUGUUGGAGAUUUCGAAAAUUUUCGACAGGUGGUCAAGACUCCCGGAUUCGUAUGACGACGAAAAUGUGAAAAGGUCCGUUCUCAAAGCCUCUUCCUUGAUUUUACCUCUCACCAUUUCGAGAACGCCGUCUUUGUUGUUGAGAAGGCGCCAUACGUCAAGGGAAUCGACGAUGGCAAAGGCCUUUUCGUGGUCGCCCCGCCGGAGGGCUCGGGUGGCGGCCAUUAGAACGGUUAAACAAACCGAGCCGGUUGUAAACUCAGCUCGUUCGUGAACGUUGACAAGUCGAGUCGAACAACAUAAAUAUGCUCGUUUGAUUAACGAACGAGUCCGAAGUUUGUU